AUGGCGCCUCCAAAGCUCAAGACGGGCGAGAUCACCGUCAACGAUGCCCUCAACGCUAUAUCUGGUGGAACGCUCAAAGAGCGCGGGGCGGGUCUCGACGACCUGAUAUUCCUUCUGGAUAAGAAGGGCAAGACUGCUGCCUUAACCGACCUGGGGGACAAGCACUAUCACCGUAUCUUUGAGGGUCUGUUUCGCUGCGCGAUCGCCGAGAAGCAGAACUUUUAUGGGGGCAAACGAACUACAGCGGCCGCUGCCGGCUCCAGAUUAUCCAAGUGCGCCGAGGCUUUGCGCUUAGCAGUUGCCCACGGUGCCUCGAAACUGAAGCGGAAGACUCUCAUAGCUGUGAUCGAUCAUAUCACACAGACCCUUCCAGGCCCAGGCGAGGAUGCAGACUUCGUAGAGCCGCUACUCAAAGACUACGUAAGGUCUCUCGCCGCGCUACUUGGCCACCAGCCCAAUAGCGAGCAUCUCGCCAUAUUGAGCGCAGACGGCUGGCUAGCCUGUGUUGACUUUUGCAUCGACACAAUUUCACGAUACCUCGAGAAUGCAGACAGAGAUUCCGUUUCGCGUUCGUCUCCGGCUCCUGGUACAGCCUCGAUGGGCUUUUCAACAGGUCGCAGUACCAACCCAAGCCAGCGGGUGACGGGGCAGAUUCAUCGCGGCACUGUUCAGGACCUUCUCCACUGCAUCUACCUGCUUGUCAUUCCUCCAAAUGCGCCUCUUUGGAGAAGAACUAAGGAUUUGUCCAAGACGCUCAUUCAGAUUCUGCAUGUUCGUCAUGUUGGGUUAGGCCAAAUUACACAGCUCGCCUUUGCUUCAAUCAAUGUUUUACUGGCGGCAACCCAGACAGAUGAUCUGUCGCGUGCCAGCAGCUUGGCCAGGGAUUUGGUGCCUCUUGUCAGUCAUUGGUGGCAAGGUCGUACAGUUUCUCAAGAUGAGAUGCUGAAUUCGGUCAGAGACGAAAUGUUGAAGACCAUCUUCCUUACCCACUUGCAUCUCGAAUGUCUCGUUUUCCAGGAGGAUGACCACGUUCUUAAGGGCAUCGAAGACCUCAUAGAUGCCUUGUGGCAAGAGUACUCUCGGCGAGACCUUCGAUCACAACUUCAGCUGGAGGAUCUCACUUUCGUACCGCAUCGAUUGCCUCAAGAUUAUUUCACUAUUUCACUAUUCGGUCUUCGCCCUCACAACCGCGAUGGCGAAAGAAGAUGGGCGUUGGUCCAGAAUCUCGCCAUUUUAGAACGUAUCCUGUGGAAGGCCCGGAAGCAGCAACGGUCUCAGUCACCAGAUGAGCAACCUCGGAAGAAGCGCAAAACACAUACAAGCCGGAUCCAAGAAUAUCUCCAGUCGCACAAUUCAGCUACACAGCGAACAGCAUUGCAGCUGGUACCUUUUCUCUUGAACCUUGGCACUUAUACCAAAACAGAUAUUGCAGAGCUGCUACCAAAUGUGGUAGCCUUUAUCAGCGACAAGGACGCAACUACCGCUUCUUGGGCGAUGCUAGCUUGUGCAAGUUGCACUCAAACCGACUGCGUUGACAGCACUGUAUGGAAGCACAUAUGGCAGAUUGCGGCGAGAGCCAUCAGUCUACCUGGUACUAGCCGAGCGGCUUGUGUCUUUCUUCAUACGGUUCUGGAAGCGAAAACCGAACUCCUUUCCUAUCAUGACGUUUCAGACGAAGUGAACAGCAUAGUCACAACUGCCGACGUCAACGGGCCCAUACUCCUCGUUGAUUCUUCGAUUACCCUUAUGCUGCAUCUACUCUUUCUUCGGAACGUGAAGCUGCCGAAUGCCAGUCAAGCGACGAGCCAUCACAUCAUUCGAUGGAUCUUUUUGAAAUGGAAUCCAACUGAAAUGAGCUAUGCCGCUCUAUACUCAAUUCAUGCGCCAGUAACUGAACUAGUCAACUUGAUUCGUGCCUGCUGCGGCUCUGCACUUCUGCACCAUACGUCCCAAGAGGCCGUGUCAGGCGGUUCAAUAUGUCAAACUUGGAGAGCCCAGUACCACGCUUCUGUGCUGACCAGAUACCUGCUCUUGCUGGAAGAACCAAAGCCACAAACCCGGGAGGCCACGAGCUGUGGUCAAGCUGUUGCAUCAGUUGAACUGAUCAAAGCUGGUGACUCGGCAGCAUUCCAUGCCUCAAAGAAGCUCGUACUGGAGCUUCUGUUCCCGAAAAUCGAGAGCUUGCAAGAUCUUUGCGAGUCAUGGAGCAAAAAAGGAUCAGAGGGCGGCACGCAAAUAUCCUCAGACAGAUUCCACAGUCUCUUUUCAGCUGUGGUUGCAGGAACCAUGCUUGUCUCGCAGCUGACUGAUCUAAAUUCAGGACAGUCGCGGGACAUCGAGUCGACCAUCGCCAAGCUCACCAGCACAAGCCUUGAGGCUGCUACUGCUUCAGACGACAGUCAGCAGUUCUUCGAGAUAUUGUUCAAAAUCAUGCGGCCUGUCCUCCCGUCCUUGGAGACAGAGAGCAUUAACGCAAUUUUGAAAGAUGAUACUCCGCUGCUCAAACUAAUCACAAAGAUAGCCGAGGCAUAUCGCGAUCAAUCAAGCCGCCAAUCUUCGGGGCAAAACCAAGAUUUCAUGGAUCUGGACGAUGAAUUCGACUCACAAGAGAGUAAGGCCAGUAUCGCAACAAAACCGGCUGAUGUUCCUCGUUUGAACACAUCCUUGAGCUUGGACUUGGGAGCAUUCUAUCUUGCGACUGAGCAGCGGAUGUACUUCUUCGAGGCGAUGCACAAUGAUAGAGGUCAAGUAGGCCUUGUUCCACAAGAUUUCUUGGAGCAGCUGCUGGACCUCUCUGAUGAAGGGUUUUUGAUGUGUGCUGCCUUGACUUUCGAAAUAUUCGGCUCCGACCUAAACAUAGGCCCAGAUGUUGCUGAACAGGUGGUCGAGAAGAUCGGCUACAUCAUUGGAGAAGCAGAAUACAAUUGUUGCGAAGUGGCGCACUCAACCAGCUUGCGCAUUCUGGAGGGCCUCAUGCAGAUCUGGGUCGAUGAGAAAGUCGAAGUAUCCAAGAUGGUUGGCGACCUCUAUGACCAUCUUGUCGGCUCUAUGUCGAAGAAUAGUCUUUCACCAAAAUCGCAGAUAUCUCUGGCAAGUUUGCUGCUUGCUUUGCUGCGAAACGAAACUCAGUAUGCAGACAAUUUCGGGUCGACGUCUUGCCGCACAACGUUGCUGUCUAUCAUGAAACAGGGGACGCUUGCUGUAAAGCACUUCAUCGGGGUCGCCUUGCCAGACAUUUUCGGCGUUUAUGUGCUCAAAAUGCACGACGAAAUUUUCGUUGAUGUCUUGAAUAGUCUGCCCACUGAUCCAGAAGCAAUUGAGGGAAUCGCGUUUCGGCUCUUUGUUCUGUCACAACUUGCCUGUCGCUGGCCAACCCUUCUUAGGAGGAGCACAUACCACAUCUUCGAAACACCUGGCAAGAUUGCUCAGUCUGCGAAGUACGCCAAGAGAUGCCUGGAUAAUGUCUCGACCGCUCUUCAGUUGAGUUCGUCCAAAGAGCUUUUCCAGAUUUUCAGCCCACAACUGCUAUACACGUGGCUGGAACUAGAUGCCAUGGACGACAUACCGUUUGAGAUAUUCGGUUUCACCAGUCUCGAUGCACUACUUCAAGAAGCACAAGCCGAGAUCGCAGCCUUGGAAAUCAUGCGAGGGCGCUACGACAGCGUACGGACACUAUCCGAGAGACUUGGUAUGCCUCUUGCCGAGAUGGUCAAACAAAGCUUCACGAAGAUCAUGGCGUACACAAUCGCUCACGAAACAAGCAUAUCUGCCUCCGAGACCCAGAACGACGGGAGUGAGAACUGGGUGAAGAAGUUACUGGGUAGAGAGCAGUUUCUUGACCAGAUUUACCUCAACUUCGUGGACAUCGUGGCCCUGUUCUUCGAUAUUUUCGACCAAGAGGAUCCAAUCGAAAAGCAGCUGUCUAGGGACAAAAACUUUCAAUACGCCUCGAUCAAUAUGGAAGAAAUGAAGAAGUUCGCCAUGUCACCAACGAACUUGCCGGCCAAUCAACAGCCGAUGUUCAGAUCCAAGUUCUUGCUCAGGGAGCUUUUUCAUCUAUGCAGCCAGACAGAAUAUGAGCUUCAGACUUUGUGGACACCAGCACUUGUAAUUGCGGUCACACGGAAGCUUCUCAACACGAUCCAUCCAGCUUUAGGAUCUCUACAUGCUUGCUCGGUACUUAGAAAGGUACGGGUUGUUAUCGCCCUUGCUGGACCAGUCGCGCUCGAGGCAUACCCUCUUGAGAUGCUACUUUCUUCGACCAGACCCUUCAUCGUGGACUCCGAAUGCGCAGAUGAUGCACUAGGCAUCAGUCGAUACCUCCUAUCCAAAGGACAUGGCCAUCUUCUCAAUACUCCAUCCUUUCUAGCCGGGUAUGCACUAUCAACCUUAGCAUCCCUCAGAGUAUUCCUUGAGUCCAGCCAGUCAAGCACAACCCAAGAGAGCCAAUUCAGAGCUACCAUGAGCAAGGCCCAGCAAUUCCACUCCUGGUUUAGCGCAUACCUAGCAGGAUACGAAUCGCCAAUUCUUGCCGAUGAAGAGCAGAGGCAAGCAUUUCGGUCAAUUACUCAGUCCGCCUCUAAGAUUCGGUCGUCUGGAAACGCCGAGAAGGGUACGAGCGAGAGUACCCUUCUUCUGGAAAUUCUCAAAGAUGGGGAGCGCGAUCAGAAGCUUUUGAACGAGGCUGCCCGAGACCUGGCCCUUGGCAUGCUUUGCGGUGACUUCGUCGUGCCCUCUACCGGCCACCAGGACGUGAUUGAGAACGAUGAUGAAGCGCUCCAAAACAGCGCUCUUGUGUGGAAGAGCUGCAAUGCUCUCGAUUUGAGUGAUGAAUACCUCGCAUGGGCUGGUCGUGUUGUGGGCAGGUCAUUCGCUGCGUCUGGAGAGAUUCAGCCAGAACUGUUGGAGGAAUCCGAACUUUCGCGGUGCAACAGGCUAGCCCCCGGAUCUAACAACUCCGAGCAGGGGAUUCUGAAUCUGCUGCAGCAGCUCACGCAGAGCAAGCACACGGAAAUUUCGGGUCUCGCGGAGUCUGCCUUACGGACGAUCGUUUCGGAAGCUGAUGCGCAAGGGGAUGACGCUCUCCUCGUCGCAUCCCAAACGACUCUGACCGAACCUCUAUUUGUGGCUUCUGCUUGGGGGCCAUAUCGCACGCCCCCAACCGAUUUCAUCGCUUCACAGAACAUUCCUGAUUCACAGGUCUUCUUCCGUGAUCACGUCGAAAGCCCAGAUUGGAUUCAAGAACUGGCAGUUCAUCUUGCGCAGUCUGUUCCCGAAUACAUCAUCCUCGCUGCCUUGGUACCGAUUCUGAAGAAUGUCAAGGGAUUUGCGCAGGAUUCGUUUCCAUUCAUCGUCCACUUGGCUCUAUACAGCCAACUUGACAAGCAGCACGUCAUCAAGCGCAACCUCUCUGAAGCCACGAAAGAGUGGCUCAAGAUUCAAGACGAAUCUGCUCGUACAAACCAAAAGCAUCUGAUCAACACCGUCUUGUAUUUGAGAACGCAGCAGCUACCGAAGGAGACAUCUAUAGCAGAUCGUGCUAUGUGGCUGGACGUCGACUUUACCUCCGCAGCUGCGGCCGCCUCGCGCUGCGGUAUGUACAAGACCGCGCUUCUGUUUACUGAAGUGGCUGCAUCCCAAGCCACACGAUCAUCGCGGAGAUCGUCAGCAGUUCGUGACGAAGACUCGACGGACGUUCUUCUCUCCAUAUUCGAGAACAUCGAUGAUCCUGAUGCCUACUAUGGCUUGCCUCAACCUUCAGAUUUGUCCAGCGUUCUUAGCCGCUUGGAAUACGAAAAGGACGGCUCGAAACUUUUGGCUUUCCGCGGCGCUCAGUACGACAGCCACAUUCAGCGCGGGGAUCACGCUUCUCAAUCAGAUAGCCAAUCACUUGUCAGAGCCCUCGGUACUUUAGGACUUGCAGGACUUGCGUAUUCUAUGCAACAAGCCCAAGAGAAUCAUGAUGCUGAUGAAGACUCCCUCGCGAGUACGUUUCAAACCGCUCGCAGACUGGAACGAUGGAAUCUGCCAGCACCGGCUUCGGUUGAUAACUGCUCAGUGACAAUCUACAAGGCUUACCAAAACAUCCAACAAGCUGCCGAUACGCUUUCAGUCCGAAGUUCCAUCUAUCACGGCUUCAGCCAUACAAUGCGCAAUCUCGUCAACGGGGGACUGAAUGCGGCUAAGCUGAGGCAGCACCUUGGUGCUCUUGCGGCAUUGACAGAGCUGGAUGACGUUAUAAAUGUUUCUGAUUUCUUGGAGCUGGAGGGCAUGCUUGAGAAAUUUGAGCAGCGCGGACAAUGGAUGAGACGCGGACGAUACGAAGACGUCAGUCACAUGCUUUCCUGUCGAGAGACAACUUUGAGUUUGAUGAGCCAACAGCCCAAACUUCGCAAUACGAGCCUCUCUACCGCCGAAGCAAGACAGAUCGAGAUUCGUUCUAAGCUGAUGUCUUCUGGUAUUUACCGAUUUCAUCAAGCUACGCAGGAGUCACUCAAUGUGUCAACCUCGCUUACUAGUCUGAUCGUACCUUGCGAAAACCUGGGCUUGAAAGUCGAUGCUGCUGUCAAAAUUGAAGCCGCCAAUUCGUUGUGGGAUCACGGAGAGAUGAUUCACUCCAUUCGAAUGCUUCAAGGCAUUGACAACGAUUCUUCCCUCAAAAAGCAGACAAUUCCUGUUAGUCGCUCGGAUUUGUUGUCAAAGAUCGGCCACCAAGUCUCAGUAGCAAGGCUAGAAAAACCGCAUCAUAUUCAGAAGAAUUACCUCGAGCCGGCGCUCAAAGAGCUUAAGGGGAAAAGCGAGGGCCAACAGGCUGGACGUGUGUACCAUCAAUUCGCCAUGUUCUGUGACGAGCAGCUGCAAAACCAAGAUGGCCUCGAGGACCUGGCAAGACUUCAAAGUCUGCGACAAGGCAAGAGCGAUGAAGUUGCCCAACUUCAGAGUCUCAUUGCAAGCACCCGCGACUCUCAGCUGAAGACCAGGUAUCAGUCUCAUCUGAACCGCGCCAAGCAAUGGCUAAGUCUGGACGAGCAAGAGCUUCGUCGCGUUGAGACAACGAGAAGCGAAUUUGUGCGGCUCAGUCUGGAAAACUAUCUGUUAUCACUCAUUGCAUCGGAUGAGUAUAACAACGAUGCCUUACGAUUCACCGCUCUGUGGCUUGAACGAUCGAAUGAAGACGCCACCAACGAAGCUGUACAGAAACAUCUCGGCAAGGUUCCAACAAGAAAGUUUGCAACGCUGAUGAAUCAGCUGUCAUCUAGACUGCAGAACGAGUCAAAUCCGUUCCAAAAACUCCUGACCACGCUCGUCUACAAUAUCUGCGUCGACCAUCCUUACCACGGCAUGUAUCAAAUUUGGUCCGGAUCGAAAGUUAAGCCCCGUAAGGAGGACCAUGUUGCUCAGCUGAGGAUCAGGGCUGCCGAGAAGCUUGCUGGGCUCUUGCAGUCCAACCAAACCGUCGCCGCGAUAUGGCAAGCAAUUGACAGGACAAGCUCUUACUAUCACCGCUUGGCCGUCGACCGGGACAAUUCUAAGUUCAAGGCUGGACAUAAAAUUGCCCUCAAGGAAAUCCACUCGGCUCAGUCGCUCGUCAAUGCGCUCAUCAAGUACCAUAUCCCUCCGCCGACUAUGCAACUCGAAGUAGCAGCGGACAAGGACUACUCGAAUGUCCCCACUAUUGCAAGCCUAGAUCCCCAGAUGUCAAUUGCGUCUGGCGUCAGUGCACCGAAGAUCAUCACGGCCAUCGGGACCGACGGACAAAAAUACAGACAGUUGGUUAAAGGUGGCAACGAUGACUUGCGCCAGGACGCCAUCAUGGAACAGGUCUUUGCUGCCGUUUCUUCCCUUCUGAAGCUGCAUCGAUCGACACGGCAGAGGAAUCUCGGCAUCAGAACGUACAAGGUUUUGCCCCUGACGUCAGCCUCUGGGUUGAUCGAAUUCGUCCCAAAUACUAUCCCAUUACACGAGUUCUUGAUGCCAGCCCACGAGAGGUACUUUCCCAAAGACCUCAAGGGUUCUCAGUGCAGGAAGGAGAUCUCCAAUGCACAGGGAAAGUCCACCGACCUGCGCAUCAACACUUACCGAAAGGUAACGGAGCGAUUCCAUCCCGUUAUGAAGUAUUUCUUCAUGGAAAAUUUCGAAGAUCCCGACGAAUGGUUUGUCAGGCGCUUGGCAUAUACCCGCACGACAGCAGCAAUUUCGAUGCUUGGACAUGUCCUUGGUUUGGGAGAUAGGCAUGGCCACAACAUCUUGUUGGACCACAAGACCGGAGAGGUCGUCCACAUUGAUUUGGGCGUAGCAUUCGAGAUGGGACGAGUGCUUCCUGUGCCUGAGCUGGUGCCGUUCCGUUUGACCCGGGACAUUGUGGAUGGCAUGGGAAUAACCGGGACGGAGGGCGUUUUCCGUCGCUGCUGCGAGUUUACGCUACACGCCAUGCGAGAGGAGACAUACUCCAUCAUGACGAUUCUCGACGUUUUGCGUUACGACCCCUUGUAUUCGUGGUCAAUCAGUCCCGUCAGAUUGGCGAAGUUACAGGGUGGUGGGCAAGAUGAUGCGGACGACGAUGUCGCUGGGAAGAAGCAGGUGAAUGAGCCGGGAGAGGCCCAUCGUGCCUUGGAGGUCGUGCGGAAGAAACUGUCGAAGACGCUAAGCGUCACGGCGACCGUCAACGACCUUAUAAACCAGGCAACCGAUAUUAGUAACCUUGCCGUCCUGUACUCGGGCUGGGCUGCAUAUGCGUAA